AUGUAUCUUGCUUCGGUGUUUCAAGAUUUGCAUACGAACGGUUUGGAGGUGGAGAAGAAGACGUCGUGGGAGAGUUUGAGCAACGGCAAUGGCGGUGGCGUAUCAUCAGACUCAGAGAGUGGCGCCCAGAAGCCGUUUAAGAUCUUCAUAGGGUAUGAUCCCCGGGAGGACAUUGCGUACGAGGUUUGUCGCCAUUCCCUUGUGAAAAGAUCUUCAAUCCCCAUUGAAAUCCACCCCAUCAAGCAAUCUGAGCUGCGACAGAGAGGGGUUUACUGGCGCGAGAGAGGGAAGCUAGAGAGCACUGAGUUCUCAUUCACCUGUUUCUUGACCCCAUACCUCGCAGAUUACGAGGGGUGGGCUUUGUUUGUGGACUGUGAUUUCUUGUACUUGGGCGACAUUAAGGAACUGAGAGAUUUAGCGGAUGAUAAGUACGCUGUGAUAUGUGUCCAACACGAUUAUGCCCCAAAAGAGACCACCAAAAUGGAUGGGGCUGUGCAGACAGUGUAUCCUAGGAAGAACUGGUCGUCCAUGGUUGUAUACAACUGUGGACAUCCUAAGAACAGGGUGCUGACACCAGAGGUGGUGAAUUCUGAGUGUGGGGCAUUUCUGCAUAGGUUCAUGUGGUUGGAAGAUGGAGAGAUUGGGGAUGUGCCCUUUGUGUGGAACUUCCUAGUAGGGCAUAACCAGGUUGUGGAGGGGAAUCCUGCGACACUCCCAAAGGCAAUACACUACACCCUCGGGGGACCAUGGUUUGAGGCCUGGAAGGAGUGUGAGUUUGGAGAUGUGUGGUUGGAGGAGUUGGAAGACUACAAGAACAAGAAGAAUAAGAAUUAG